CGACCCACGACUACCCACUCCGCUCUCACGGUCCCCUCCUUGUCAUCGGUGGUCCCCUUUCCCCAUACCACAACCCAUCUUUUCCCCCACCUCCCACAAUGUCUACCGUUCGUCCUCCACCGCCCACGGACAGGGCUACAGCUGAGGAGAUCGUCGCGGUGUCGUCCACCUCUCAGGCGUUCACCUACCCGACGGUCCAGGGUCAGCCUUCUGUGGACCCCAAGAACCUUCGCAUUGUUUUUGCGUCUCUCCUUGCACCUCUGCAAGCGCGACUCGAUGCGCUUGCACCCCUGGAAAGGCAAAUCAAUGCGCUUGCCCUUGAAGUUCACCGCCUCAAGGGUUCUCCUCAUCGCUCUCCCCACCGCUCUCAGACUCCAUCACCUACCGGUUCGAAGUCCAUCUCUCACGACUUCAGGGACGGAGACGUGGCAGUUCGUGAGGCUUCUCCUCUUGCAGAUUUCAACGCGUUCCUCCAUGACCGCUACGACACUCUCCACGAUGCGACUGACGCCUUAGAUUGGGUCACCCAGACGCAGUGGCACGGCUCCUCCGCACCAACCGAUCUUGAGCGUCAGAUUAGAGUGUUUCAGGACGCCUGCCUCAUUUGCGAUGAGGCACUCCUACCUGAGGUCCUUUUGACCAAUAGGUUUGAAGUUAGUCUUCCGAUUGACUACCGCAUCGAGCUCUGGCGACAUAGCUUCGCCUCCUCUGAGCAGGCCUACGAGGCUGCUCGACAGUACCAGAAGAUGCGGAGUCGCUUCUCCGAUACCCCAUCUUCUUCGCGAUCCACCGUCGUCGCCACCCAGUCACGCGGCACCACGAGCGGUCGAUCCUCCUUCGCCGGCCGCUUUCGCCAACCAGCUCGACCUGGAGCGUCAUUCUCUUGGCGCUACAGUUCCCUAGAGUACAGCGAGGACGGCUCGACCGAGUUUGACCCUACCCUUGGGGAUUCCCCCGAGGACAUCGAGCUCCGAAACGUCAUCCCAGCUCGCGAGGAGCGACUCACGAGACACGUAAACGUCCUGCGUUGUCUUCACGCUCUGCUCUCUGACCCUGAUCGCACCCUCCCCGUUAUCCCUAUUCACCAGGGGACAUCUACGAGGGUGUACCGCGCUUUGUGGGACUCUGGCUCGCAGAGAGACUUUGUUCACCCUCGCGUGGUUGAGGAAGCUCACCUAACUACCUCCGGGUCUCGCUCUCCUAUCUCUGUUACCCUCGAAGAUAACAAGACGCAACGCUUCUUCGAUCAGACGGUCCCCGACCUCCACUUCUCCCUAACCCUCCAGCCACCGGAUAGUACCCAGGCGCCUCGGCGCUACCAUUCCUCCGCCUACUUCGACGUGAUGGAGACUGGGUACGACUUUAUCCUUGACACUCCCUGGUCUAACCGGUUCUGUGGCACAGAGGCCGAAUGGGCGACUGAGACAUUCGUUCUUAAAACGAAGUGCGGUCAAACCCAUCGAGUCCCCUUCAUUAGAACCACGGGCAACACCCCUCCACACCUACCUCCCCCGGACCCUCGUCCCUCUCAGCCCCACCCAAACAUCACCUUCACUUCUCCUCGUCAGUUUGCUCACUUCAUAGGACAGGAGGACGUCACGUUCUACUUAGCGAACGUCAUGCCAUUGGAUCUUCUUCGCUACGAUCCACUUUGUAUAGAGGUUGAGCUAAUCUCAUUGGAACCCGAUCCCCCUGACCCUUCCUCCAUCUUCACGGCUCCCAUCUCCACAUCCACUCGUCAGCUUGCGGAUACCCCCGCAACAUCCCAUGUCACUUUGCCGUUCACUGCCGAGUCCUCUCAUACUUCUCGUGUCAACGCAAACGUUGAGGAACUCAUGCGGUUCACGACUGACUUAGAGCCCGCGGUUCGCAAUUUGAUUCGAGUGUACCACGACGUUUUAUCCCUGUAUUUCUCAUACAGCAGGAUCCCUCCCAUGCGCGGUAUUGAGCAUUCUAUCCAGCUUGUGCCUGACUAUCGUGUCCACCAUCAGGCAGUGCCACCCUACCGACUCUCGAUUCCAGAGGCGACGGAACUCAAGCGUCAGCUUGAGGAACUCCUUGGACUGGGUUUUAUUAAACCAAGUAACUCGCCUUGGGGUGCACCCGUCCUAUUUGCUCGCAAAGCGGACGGAACUCUUCGCCUCUGCAUUGACUACCGCGGCCUUAACCGUUACACGGUUAAGAACAUCUAUGCCAUGCCUCUCGCGGAUGAGCUGUUCGACCGUUUUGCAGGCAACCGCUUCUUUACGAAGAUCGAUCUUCGUAGCGGUUACCGCCGGAUCCGUGUAGCCACAAAGGACCAGCUGAAGACCGCCUUUCGAUCGUGCUUUGACCACUACGAGUUCACGGUGAUGUUGUUCGGCCUCACUAAUGUACGGCGACCCGCCUUCUUCCAGACGGCGAUGAAUGACAUCUUCAGGGAUAUCCUUAAAGAAUACGUUCUCGUAUACCUGGACGACAUCCUAGUCUACAGUCGUACCUUAGAAGACCAUCUCAUACACCUUCGUGAUGUCCUACAAUGCUUACGCAAGCAUGGCCAAACUUAGUAAGUGUCACUUUGCCCAGCGCAACGUGGACUUCCUAGAAUGCCAUGUGUUUGACCAG